AUGCCGCCCUUUCAAACUCUAGACCAUCAUACUGACGAGGCAUUAGAAAAUGAGACUGAGGAGACACUCAAUGAAAAAACAUGGGCGGAUUUAAUUGCUUUGUGCCAAGAUCGACAAUUGGAUGCGGAAGGCGAUAAACUGACGCUUAUACAACGACUCUUGGAUUGGAAAGUGAAUACACGCCCAGUUCCUGCACCUUCAACUCCGCGUCUUUUUUCAGCAGACGGGUCAGGUACUCCAUGGAAAGAGAAAUUAAAUACAGCAUUAUUGUCAUCAUUACUACUUGAAGAAGAUGAUAUAUCAAGAGAAAUUCCUUAUAAUGAGUUAGAAAUAGGGAAAAAGUUGGGAUCAGGUG